UUCCGCAAAUCACUGACCACACUCACCUCCUCGCUUCGGACGAAGGAUAUCUCCUACUGCUGGGGUUAUCCGGCGAAGCUGCUCAUAGUCCGACAAGGUGCUAUACACUCGGUUAUGACCAUAGAAGACAGCCUACAGAAACUGAGAGACUGGGGCAUCCCACUACCAAAACUCCAACCCGCUAUACCAGCGAAGAUUCCACGGAUGAUGCCGGUGUGGACCCAGUAUUAA